UUUGAUGUGUCGCAAAGCGCAGUUUUUUUUUUGACAUGAGGCAACUGUGAUGUUUUUGAAGUAUUAAUAUCAGUAAAGUAGUCAGGAGAAGCCCUGUAGUGUAGGUUAUGACUCCAGUACACUCAUUAGAGCGAAGUGGCCUUCUCACAUUAGGCUGCAUGCGGAGUGAUUUUCUGCUCUAGUGUUCGGGACAGUGAGAGGAUGUCAGUGGGUGAAGUCCAGCUUACCCAGGCAUGGCUGCGUUCUCAAUGGCACAUCCAGGUCCCUCACACUUGGCUGGACGCUUGCGUGAACUGGAUAAAGGUGGAAGCGGUUAGCGAAUCCGUGCCUCAGUCGCUGCUGAAUCAGCGCAUCCUGGAGCAAUGGCUAGUGACUGACCUGCGAGAUCUGUCCCACCCGGUGCUCCCCGAAAGAAUAUCCGAGGCACAGAAAACAGAACUAAACAGCUGUUACUGUCUUCAGAUGGACUCCCUGCUAGACGUCAGCCAGCCUGCCUACACUCAGCUGCAGCGUAUUCGGGGCACCGCCUGCUCCAAUGAUCAAGUCUCGGCGGUUACGCCGGAAACGCAGCGGCCGUGGGAGGCCAAGCCCACACGUAUGUUGAUGUUGCAGCUCACGGAUGGAGUGCAAAGUCUGGAGGGUAUGGAAUACCGGCCCAUCCCGGCUUUAAGCACCAACCUGCCACCCGGGACGAAGCUACAGCUAGUCGGCCCAAUCAGCGUCUGUCUCGGGGUGUUGCUCUUGAAAGCGGAGAACGUGAAGGUGUUGGGUGGGGAGGUGGAACAGCUCUUGGAGAUUUACUCUCAGAGCAGAGUGCUUUGCGGGACACUCGGUUUGCCUGAGGAGAACCAUCCACAAGGCGAGGAACCGGAUGACCAGGAGCUCCUGGCCAGCGUAGAGGCUCCAGUAGAUCAUCAGGUAGCUGACAGCGGCUACAACAGCAUGGCUUCAGAAGCUUCCUUCAGACCACAUCAGUCGCAACCCCGUCCUCAAGCGACGCCCAUUUCCAGAGAAGACGACUGGGAUAUGGAUGAAAUUCCAGAUGAUGACUUCAGAGGUAUUCCAGAUGAUUUUGAUGACGUUCCACAAAAUGUGGUGGACGAGGACUUUGAUGACAUCCCUUUAGAGGAGCUGGACAGUGUGAUGCUGGACAACCCGAUAGAUUCAGAAGUCAUGCCAAGCAGGCGGGAACACUCUGAAAUCAAGCACCCUGAUGUAAUCCAGCCCAAUACCGAAGAACCAAGCCUUCUAAGUUUUCGCUCUGUAACUAUGCUUAACAGCAGAAGCUUAAAUGAAGUUCCUGUUGCAAACGUAGAGGAACCUGAUGCAAACUUCCCCAACCGACACAAAACUGAAGAACCAAGCCAAACAUUUCACUCUAGAAAUCUGCUUAGCAACACCAACCAAAGCAGAACCUUAAAUGAAGUUCCUCACACAUCUGUUACAAGUUCCUCUACAAACACAGCUGGAUCUUCUGGUUGCGAACGAGAUGCGCCUACACCACCGUACCUCUGCAUGCUACAGGCUGGCUGUUGGCCGCCCGCCAAAGUUCAGGUUUUACGACUACAAGCUUUCAUCGUGACGCUAGUAGGAAAUUUGCGCAGUAGUAGUGGCGUGUGGCAACUCGGGGCCACCAUAUCUGACGGAACCGGGUACUUGGAUGUGGAUCUUUCUGACGCCAUGCUCACCAAACUCAUCGGCUACAUGGCACCAGAGGCUCGAGUGCUACGGAAAGACCUGGCGAGACGCGGUGAGGUGGACAGCGGGAUUCAGCAUUGUCAAAGAGAGCUGGUGGAUAUGUGCUGUAUGAUGAGCGUGCAGGUGGAUCAGACGGGCAGAGGAGUUGUGUUGUGUGUCAGUCCGCUCUCUGACAGAGAGAGCUCCGAGAUACAGAAAAGAGUGAAAGAGAGGAGGAACUAAGCUGUACUUAUUCUCUGGACUCUCUUAGUUUAACCUAAUCGAACAGUGUUCAUGCUGAUUCAGUCGGUAGUUUCGAUGAGGCUUUAGUGGAAUGACUUGUUUCGGUUCUCUCAGUCUGAAGAAGACCGCUUAUAAUGCACAUCACUCACAUCCGUUACAAUUCAG